AUGGAGAUGUAUAAUGACACCAAUAACUCGCUGUCCCUGAGCGGAAAUGUCUCUGUAACUGAAAAGACUGUAUUUGAGAUGUGCAGCCACAUGCCUGAAUUCAUCCUGUUCUACAUGGUCCUGCAGUGUAUUAACAUGUUCAUGGGCAUCCCAGCCAACCUCAUGGUUCUGUGGCUGAUCCACCGUAAGCGGAGCGACUCGUCCACGUCAGACAUCUUCAUCUGGCACCUGGCUGUGCUGGACACCUUAUUCUGCCUCAUCCCACCAUUGGAGCUGGCCAACCUGCUUUACCUGACCACCAGCACCACCUGGUACAUUCUGCGCUUCUUCUAUGGCGUCAAGGACUCGUCGGCACUCUUCCUGGCGUGUAUCUGCAUGGACCGCUACAUGGCUGUGCGCCAUCCCAUCAUUUUCUCCAACCUGAAAGACCGGAACCAUCGUCCUGUGUGCGCCGGUGUCAUGUGGUUCAUCACGCUAGUGUAUGCCAUACUGAUGUGCACGGGCACCAUCCCAAAUUCCGUAAAAGUGUUCACGGUCAUGAUCAUGGCCACGUUUGCGUUCAUGCUCUUCUGCAACAUCUCCAUCCUGUGGGCGCUGAAGCGAUCUGGUCCAGGCAGGGACGACAUGCAUCUGGUCAAGAAGAGAGCUUUUAAGAUGGUUCUGAUUAUUUUAGCUAUCAUAGUCUUUAACUACUUCCCUCCUAUAGCGCUCUUCCCAUUUCAGCAAUAUUUCUCUCCUGACAUGUUUAAAUGUUAUAUUAAUUUCUUAGCUUUUGGCUUCAUGGACAUCAGCAGCAGCAUUCAGCCCGUCCUGUACCUGUCCAAUAAGAAACUGCAGUGUCCAGCGUGGUGCUGCGUGUGCUGCAACGCUAAAGACACAGAGACUGGAAAAACAACGGAGUCAUCCACGGUGUACACUACUAGUGGAUAG